UCUUGUGGGUCUGUUUGUCCACUGUGGCUGCCAUGCUGGUGGUGGGGCCUUAGGAGGGGUCACUGAGCCCCUCCUUGUCUGGAGCUCUGGGCUCUCAUGUCCACUUGGGCCAUCUCCUGCUGGGCAGGUUCUAUGAUGACCCUAACACCGCCUUGAGAGGAGGAGAGAGCCAAUCCCACAGACACUUGGGGACUCAGUGGCUGUGGGUGAGGGAGGGAGGAAGGAUGCUGGGUAGGCACAGGGUAGAGGGCUGGCCCCCUUCGCCACUGACUGCGCCCAUCCUGCAGAGAUGGGAGCCCCACAUACCCCUGCGCGCUCGGUGCUCUUCCAGCGGGAAAGGACCGGCUUGACGUACCGUGUGCCUGCGCUGCUCCCCGUGCCCUCUGGGCCCACCUUGCUGGCCUUUGCUGAGCAGCGACUCAGCCCCGAUGACUCUCAUGCCCACCGCCUGGUGCUUCGGAGGGGGACACUGGCUGGGGGAUCUGUGCAGUGGGGCAGCCUGCAUGUGCUGGGGACAGCGGCGCUGGAAGAGCACCGUUCCAUGAACCCCUGCCCUGUGCAUGAGGCACGCACGGGGACUGUCUUCCUCUUCUUCAUUGCGGUGCUCGGCCACACGCCUGAGGCUGUGCAGAUUGCCACUGGCCGCAAUGCCGCCCGCCUCUGCUGCGUGACCAGCCGCGACGCGGGCCUCACCUGGGGUGGUGCCCGAGACCUCACCGAGGAGGCCGUGGGCAGCGAUGAGCAGGACUGGGCCACGUUUGCUGUGGGCCCUGGCCAUGGGGUACAGCUGCGCUCGGGCCGCCUGCUGGUGCCAGCCUAUACCUACCACGUGGACCGCCGCGAGUGCUUUGGCCGCAUCUGCCGGACCUCCCCCCACGCCUUCGUCUUCUACAGUGACGACCUCGGCCAAAGCUGGCGCCAUGGGGGCCUCGUGCCCAACCUUCGCUCAGGCGAGUGCCAGCUAGCGGCUGUGGAGGGUGGCCCGGGUGGCCCUGUGCUUUACUGCAAUGCGCGGAGUUCCCUGGGCAGCCGCGUGCAGGCGCUCAGCGCUGAUGAGGGCACUUCCUUCCUGCCUGGGCAGCUGGUGCCCCCACUAGCAGAGACCUCCCGUGGCUGCCAGGGCAGCGUGGUGGGCUUUCCAGCCCCCUUCCCCAGCUGGCUUUGGGCAGGCACCCAGCUGGUGGGUGCCAAGAGCCACCCCCAACCUCCAAGCUCUGGUCCCAGAGUCCAAGGGUCCCUGAAAGAGGGUGACGAAGACCCCUGUGGGGCAGCAGUGGUCUGUGGGGAUGGCCCUGGGGAGCUUGGCCCAGGGCCUGGGCUUGGUGGGGAUAGUGCAGCCUCUGAGGCCCCUACUCCGAGCCCCACGUGGCUGCUCUAUUCCCACCCGACGGGGCGCCGGGCUCGCCUUCACAUGGGUGUCCGCCUAAGCAGGGCUCCCCUGGACCUGCACAGCUGGACAGAGCCCUGGGUGAUUCAUGAGGGGCCCAGCGGCUAUUCUGACCUGGCUGCUCUCCCAGGCCGGCACAUGGGGGGCCUGGCCUUUGCCUGCCUCUACGAGAGUGGGGUGCGGGUCUCUUAUGAGGAGAUUUCCUUCUGCCUAUUCUCCCUGCGUGACGUGUUGGACAACAUCCCCCCACGGAAGCAGCAUGCGCACUGCCUGCCUUCCUGA